AACCAAGAGUUUAUGUACAGCGAGACUAAAUUAUAACUGUCUGAGUUAACAAUUAGUUCACUCCAAGGUUUACCUCAUAAGUAAAUAGGCAAAUACUAGUAAAUUUUUGACUAGAUUAACACCAUCGAUGAAGAUAUGUUUCCCAAUUUAGUCUAAUUUUUCAUUUUUUCCACGGAAUGACUUCCAAAUUAGGUUAAAAUCCGCAAAUAAACGUGCUAAUUGUCAUGUGAUAUAGACACUUUAUAGUUUUCACAACAACUUUUUCGGUUGUUGCUUCGUUCCUCAUGGCCCAAUGGUCAAGGCGUCUGGCUACGAUUUAGUAUCCACUUCUGGAACCAGAAGAUUCCAGGUUCGACUCCUGGUGGGGAAGCACUUUUUUUUUUAUUAUUUUUGAGAGUUUAGAAAUCAAAACUAAAUCAAAAUAUUUAAUGAUAUCAAUUGCAUUAUCUUUGUUUUUACCACAGCAUAACGAUGAAGGUUUAUUCAAUUUAUAUUUUAAAUAAGGCUGGUGGUCUCAUAUAUCAAAAUGACGUCAAUCCUGGUCUUAAUCGAUUGACGGCUAAUGAUUAUUUAGUGCUAGCUGGUACGCUUCAUGGUGUUCAUGCUAUUGCUUCAAGAUUGACACCAGCUUUAAAUGGACGAGAUACAACAAAUCCAACAGAAUCCCAUAGCAAUAAAAAUGCAGCGAUACUAUCUACAGGUAAAGUACAAGAUGCUAAUAGUAACAAGUCAGGUUUACAGAGUAUAGAGACUGAUCUUUUCAACCUUUACAUAUUUCAAACAUUAACUGGUAUCAAGUUUAUCCUAGUAACUUCACCAAAUCCAGUGGUACACAAUCUACAACAAAUAAAUCGAGAGUUGACAAAUAGAGGAGAACUUAGCAAGCAAUAUGAUCAAGCCAAUGAAGUCUUCAAGCAUUUAUAUAUUGUUUAUUCUGAUUACGUGAUGAAAGAUCCAUUUUAUUCAUUGGAUAUGCCGAUUAAGAGUAGUUUAUUUGAUAUGAAAGUUAAGGAAAUUAUAUAAUACAUUUAAU